GCCCAUUGUCACAUUCCACCCCUUCCGCCGCUCCUUCGACACCCACUCACAAUGGCCGCCGCCACCACGGAGAAGACGACGACCGGCUUCUUCUUCGAGGGCGAGACGGGCCGUAACACUCGUGGUCUCCUCCGUCUGAUCAUCUUGUGCACCAUUGCUGCCGCCGCCAUUGCCAGUCGCUUGUUCUCCGUCAUUCGGUUUGAGAGCAUCAUCCAUGAGUUCGAUCCCUGGUUCAACUUCCGCGCAACCAAGUACCUCGUCCAACAUGGCUUCUACCCCUUCUGGAAUUGGUUUGACGACCGAACAUGGCACCCUCUCGGCCGUGUCACAGGCGGUACCCUCUACCCUGGCCUCAUGGUCACCUCCGGCGUCAUCUGGAAACUCCUCCGCUUCCUCACCCUCCCCGUCGACAUCCGCGACAUCUGCGUCUUCAUGGCCCCCGCCUUCUCCGGCCUAACAGCCUUCGCAUCCUACCUCUUCACCUCCGAGAUGUCCGACUCCCCCUCCGCCGGCCUACUCGCCGCCAUCUUCAUGGGCAUUGCUCCGGGAUACAUCUCGCGUAGUGUGGCCGGCAGCUACGACAACGAAGCCAUUGCCAUCUUUUUGCUCGUCUUCACCUUCUACCUUUGGAUCAAGGCUGUGAAAGAGGGGAGCAUCAUGUGGGGUGCCCUGACGGCGCUGUUCUAUGGCUACAUGGUGUCGGCGUGGGGUGGAUAUGUCUUCAUCACCAACUUGCUGCCGCUGCAUGCGUUCGUGCUCAUCUGCAUGGGACGUUUCAGCCCGAGGUUGUACGUCAGCUAUACGACGUGGUACGCGCUAGGGACAUUGGCGAGCAUGCAGAUUCCUUUCGUCGGAUUCUUGCCAAUCAGGAGUAGCGACCAUAUGGCCGCUCUUGGUGUCUUCGGCCUCAUCCAGUUGGUUGGCUUCGCCGAGUACGUCCGAGCCCAGAUGCCCAGCAAGCAAUUUCAAACGCUUCUACGUGCGAUGGUUCUCGUCGUCUUCGCUCUCGCCUUUGGAUUCCUUGUCCUGCUCACCGUCUCCGGCACCAUCGCUCCCUGGUCUGGCCGCUUCUACUCGCUAUGGGAUACCGGCUACGCCAAGAUCCACAUCCCCAUCAUCGCCUCCGUGUCCGAGCAUCAGCCCACCGCGUGGCCGGCUUUCUUCUUCGAUCUCAACAUGCUGAUCUGGCUGUUCCCGGCCGGUGUGUACAUGUGCUUCCGCAGUUUGAAGGACGAGCAGGUCUUCGUCGUCAUCUACGCGGUGCUGGCCAGCUACUUCGCAGGCGUCAUGGUUCGGCUGAUGUUGACUUUGACCCCGGUCGUGUGUGUGGCGGCUGCUAUGGCGUUGAGCCAGAUUCUGGAUACGUUCCUCGUCGCCUCAACGCCGGAUGAGGGUGACGCGAACAAGAAGCCGCAGGCAAAUGGGACGCCCGCGGGAGCGAACGGGUCGGUGGACAUCAAGCAACAGUUUGCCAAUCUCGCGGAUGGCCUUCGCUCGACCAAGGCGCCGCUGGUCGGCAUCUACAGCUACCUUUCCAAGUCUAUGAUAACAGGUGCUAUCACUGCUUACCUCCUGCUCUUCGUGCUGCACUGUACGUGGGUGACGUCGAACGCGUAUUCCUCGCCUUCGGUUGUUUUGGCUUCGCGACUUCCAGACGGUAGCCAGCACAUUAUCGAUGACUACCGAGAAGCGUACUACUGGCUUCGACAAAACACUGCGCCUAAUGCGAAGGUCAUGUCGUGGUGGGAUUACGGGUAUCAGAUUGGUGGCAUGGCGGAUAGACCGACGCUGGUUGACAACAACACAUGGAACAACACGCAUAUUGCAACAGUUGGCAAGGCCAUGUCGAGUCGGGAGGAAGUGAGCUACCCCAUUAUGAGACAGCACGAGGUCGACUAUGUGCUGGUUGUAUUCGGUGCUCUGCUCGGCUACUCGGGUGACGACAUCAACAAGUUCUUAUGGAUGGUUCGAAUUGCAGAAGGCAUCUGGCCCGACGAAGUGAAAGAACGCGAUUACUUCACCUCGCGCGGCGAAUACCGCGUCGACGACGAAGCGACACCGACCAUGCGCAACAGCCUCAUGUACAAAAUGUCCUACUACAAAUACAACGACCUCUUCCCCGCCGGGCAAGCGCAGGACCGCGUCCGCGGCAGUCGCUUACCCGCCGCGGGUCCCGAACUGAGUACGCUGGAGGAGGCGUUUACCAGCGAGAAUUGGAUCAUUAGGAUUUACAAGGUUAAGGAUUUGGAUAAUUUGGGUCGGUCGCAUCAGGAGGCUGUGGCGUUUGAGAAGGGGAAUAAGAGGAAGAAGGGUGGGGCGGGGAAGAGGAGGGGGCCGAGGGUGCUGAGGGUGGAUUGAUGAGUGAUCUGCCCUCUGUGGUGUUUGAGGAAAAGUUAGUGUAGUAUAGAUGAUUGUAAAAAAGAAAAGGUGAAAGUGAUGUGUAUCGAUUCCAGUGAUCUUGCUGGUUGUCGUCAAG